GUGUCUUGUCCUCACUGAUGAACUGAGCAGCACAUAGAACAUGCACAGACAUCCUGGAGACUGCAAGCUGCUGGCAGAGGAGCAUCAAGGAGAAUUCCGAGAAAUCCACACACCAUUCUCAACUAUCUCAUCUACAACCCAGUGGAUGCUUCUGAAAUCUGACACUGAAUCUCAUCUCUCCUUUUACCAAGUACCCUGAUGUCCCUGUGUGCCCCAUCUGCCUCCUUGUAAAUGCCAAUGCAUACACUAGAUAUCCCAGCUGCCUCUCCCUGUGUAAUGCAUUUCAGGAGAGCAAAGAUCCCUUAUUUAACAUGGGAAAUAAGCAAACUAUUUUUACUGAUGAACAGCUAGAUGCUUACCAGGAUUGUACUUUCUUCACAAGAAAAGAAAUACUUCGGUUACACGGGAUAUUCUAUGAGCUUGCUCCCAAUAUUGUGCCUAUGGAUUAUACAGAUGAUCCAGAUGUCAGAGUGCCCAUGCAACUUAUCAUUAAUAUGCCUGAGCUUUCGGAAAACCCUUUCAAGGAGAGAAUUGUGCAGGCAUUCUCAGAAGAUGGAGAGGGCAAUCUCAGCUUCAAUGACUUUGUAGAUAUGUUCUCUGUGAUGAGUGAAAUGGCUCCCCGUGAGCUGAAAGCAAUCUAUGCCUUUAAAAUCUAUGAUUUCAAUACAGAUAAUUUCAUUUGUAAGUCUGAUCUGGAGCAGACUCUUAACAAGGUGACACGAGAAGAAUUGGAAGAGGAAGAGGUGACAUUGGUAUGUGAGAAGGUUAUUGAGGAGGCUGACAUGGAUGGUGAUGGCAAAUUAGCAUUUGCAGACUUUGAGAAUAUGAUUUCAAAAGCCCCAGAUUUUCUCAGUACCUUCCAUAUAAGGAUAUGAGGAUGGUGCAGCCGUUUUCUUUGGUUCAGGACAAAUGGAACUCAGGCCUCCAAGGGACCCAGUCUUUCCAACUUGCAAAAAAAAAAAAACUGUGUCCAUUUGCACAGCAGAAGUAAACUUCACUCCAGGAAGUUCGGUCUUCUUUACUAUCAGUCAUGAACUUGCUUGCAUUUUAUACUCUGAACCUUUUAUUAUCUUUAAAGCAAAAAAAGUUGAAGGAUUUUUAAGAUUUGUUCUCUUCUAAAGAAGAUUAUGAUUAUUAUGAGGGGCCUUAUGUGCGAGAAAAGGGUUGUACUCAAGGAACUUCACAACUGUGUUGUCAUGCAGUACAUUUCAUUGCUGCGUGCUAUCUCUGGACACUCAUUGGUUGUGCAACACCAAGUGAAUCAACAUUAUUUAAUGUUGUUUUGUUUUUUCUUUACAUGCAUUUUUUCUAAAUUAUGAUACCUUAUCAUCGAAGGAAACUAUAACACCAAUAACAUGGAGCGCAAAUGACAUAUGCUUUUUCAAGGGCUUAUAUGAGUGGCGUGUUUCGGAAACGGAUGCCAUUCUGAUUUUCAAGAUGUCUUCUAUAAGAUACAAAGGACACACGCACACUUAAGGAAAGCUUUUCCUGAUGAAAGCAAUGAAGAGCAGAAAUAAAACCCUAUAACUUACCUGGCAGGUUGUGAAUGGGAGCAGAGCUGCAGAAUGUUAGACUUUAUGCUUUGGCAGUUAAGGUGUUCUAUGAAUCUGACAUGCUUGUCACUCAAAGUAUAUGCCAAACAAGCAUUAAUAUUUAAAGACAUCAUUUGGCCGUACUGGAUAAACAGUUACCUUUGACAGGUGAUCUCUUCUCCUUUAGAUAAACUGAAAAUAUUUGUUUCUUGAAGGAUAUAAUGUGUGCAAUGAACUAUCACAAGGGCUAACAUGCAAGAGAGUAUACCCCCUUCGGUUUAUGAAGGAUGGAGGUCAAUACAUGCCUCUACCAUGAUAAGUCACUGAACUUCUAAAGGGCAUUGCUUGCCUGGGAGAACCUUCACGGGAAUUUGUACAAAUUCUCCCAGAAUUAAUAUGGUGCCUUUUUAUAAUCAUGCUGAGUUUCUGAACAUUUCAAGAAAAUCAUGAACGACUUUUCUUUUGUUCUGGAAAUGCGCAUAUUUAUUAAAGAUAUGGAAAAUGACUUCUGUUUAAAGUAAAACAAAGUGUGUUGUAGAGUUA